AUGCCAGCAACAAGCGCAGAUGCAGGAGUGAACGCCAAGGCUCGUGCAAACCUGCUUGCUGGCAUGAAAGAUGGCUCGCUAGACAAGCUGGUCAGCAAUAUGCCUGGUGAGGAGACCGCUGCUGAUAGCAGCGAAGUCAAGCCAGCAACACGCGCAGAUGCAGGAGUGAACGCCAAGGCUCGUGCAAACCUGCUUGCUGGCAUGAAAGAUGGCUCGCUAGACAAGCUGGUCAGCAAUUUGCCUGGUGAGGAGACCGCUGCGGAUAGCAGCGAAGCCAAGCCAGCAACAAGCGCAGAUGCAGGAGUGAACGCCAAGGCUCGUGCAAACCUGCUUGCUGGCAUGAAAGAUGGCUCGCUAGACAAGCUGGUCAGCAAUAUGCCUGGUGAUGAGACCGCCGCGGAUAGCAGCGAAGCCAAGCCAGCAACAAGCGCAGAUGCAGGAGUGAACGCCAAGGCUCGUGCAAACCUGCUUGCUGGCAUGAAAGAUGGCUCGCUAGACAAGCUGGUCAGCAAUAUGCCUGGUGAGGAGACCGCUGCGGAUAGCAGCGAAGCAAAGCCAGCAACAAGCGCAGAUGCAGGAGUGAACGCCAAGGCUCGUGCAAACCUGCUUGCUGGCAUGAAAGAUGGCUCGCUAGACAAGCUAAUCAGCAAUAUGCCUGGUGAUGAGACCGCCGCUGAUAGCAGCGAAGCCAAGCCAGCAACAAGCGCAGAUGCAGGAGUGAACGCCAAGGCUCGUGCAAACCUGCUUGCUGGCAUGACAGAUGGCUCGCUAGACAAGCUGGUCAGCAAUAUGCCUGGUGAGGAGACCGCUGCUGAUAGCAGCGAAGCAAAGCCAGCAACAAGCGCCGAUGCAGGAGUGAACGCCAAGGCUCGUGCAAACCUGCUUGCUGGCAUGAAAGAUGGCUCGCUAGAUGCGCUGGUCAGCAAUAUGCCUGGUGAGGAGACCGCUGCUGAUAGCAGCGAAGCCAAACCAGCAACACGCGCAGAUGCAGGAGUGAACGCCAAGGCGAAUCUGGUCCCCCCCGGCCUGAUGGGAGCCGAUGAGUCGGGCAACUCUCCCACAAGCAAUUCUCCUCGAGGCAGUCGAGACGGUAGCGAUGCAGGAGCCAAGCAGGAUCUUCGCAGCCUUAGACGGAAGACACGACAGUCACGGAUUCCACAAGCGUUCUUGCAGCAGUCCGACAAGCGUGGGUCCGUGCAGAGUCGCGCAUCUGGUGCUCAGCCGGCGUCCCAGACCGAUGCUUCAAAUCCCGAUGCUGCGGGGUCGUGA